GCUGGUACAUCGGGGCUAGUGGUGGCAUCCUACACACUGAGCAAGCAUAGAAGAGACUUUCUUACCUGAGUGCAUGAGUCGUUGUACACUGUCCAGAAGCACCUGUGGGCUGUUGUUUGGCUAUUUUCGGUCAGUUUGGGCUUUCUCACCUGUGUGCAGCAGGUAUCAUUUGGCACUUAUAUUUGGAGGAGGCAGAGGUGUUAUCCACAGCAGACUGUGGAUGCAGACUCACUCCUCGGUUUCUUAAUGGCAAGAAGACACAAUAAUGUGUGCCUAGCAUGGCUGUGGCUCCUGUACCGACCACCCAGGGACCGGUAUGGCUUUUAGCCGCAUCAGUAAACUGGACCCCCCGUCCCGAGGCAUCUUCAGGAAAGCGGCGGUCAUGCUGUGCUCCCUCCUCAGCUCUCUCUUCCUCCUGCACUGCCUCACCGACCGCUGCAGCACCACCUCGCCCUCACCGGUCAAAGCGUCCUCCAGCCGGGCUGCGGUGCUCUUCGAGGACUUGAGGUCGCAGAGGACUAAAAGACUGGUGUACGAAUGGACCGCCGGGUCGGAGCUGACGGGCUACGGGUCCGCCAGGCGCUCCUCACGGGUCCUCGCGGAUGAGCGCGCGGGGCAGGUUUUGGAGAUGCCCGAGGAGUCUCUCAUGUUGCCGCCUCCGGAUUUAGUUGCUUCCAGGAAAGUGUCGCCGAGGUUUGCAGGUAAACUCAGUCCGCUAGGGGAGGGGAGCAAGAAGCUGCCGCAGGCUCUCAUCAUCGGGGUGAAGAAAGGAGGGACCCGGGCUCUGCUGGAGUUUCUCCGGGUCCACCCAGACAUCAGAGCCGUGGGUGCGGAGCCGCACUUCUUCGACCGAAACUAUGAGAACGGACUGGAGUGGUACAGGGAGUUGAUGCCCAAGACCCUGGAAGGCCAGAUCACCAUGGAGAAAACCCCCAGCUACUUUGUGACCAGAGAGGCUCCAGCCAGGAUAUCCGCCAUGUCCCGGGACACCAAGCUGAUCGUGGUAGUGAGGGACCCCGUCACCAGGGCUAUCUCGGACUACACACAGACACUGUCUAAGAAGCCUGACAUUCCCUCUUUCGAGAGCCUCACCUUCAAAAACAGGACUACGGGGCUCAUCGACACCUCGUGGAGCGCCAUCCAGAUCGGCAUCUAUGCCAAGCACCUGGACAACUGGCUGCAGUACUUCCCCAUGGACCAGAUCCUGUUUGUGAGCGGCGAGCGUCUGAUCAGUGACCCGGCCGGAGAGCUGGGCCGCGUGCAGGACUUCCUGGGGCUCAAGAGGAUCAUCACAGACAAACACUUUUACUUCAACCAGACAAAGGGUUUCCCGUGCCUCAAGAAGGCAGAGGGCAGCAGCAAGCCCCACUGCCUGGGCAAAACCAAAGGGCGGACCCAUCCGAACAUUGACCCUGAGGUGGUGCAGAGGCUACGGGACUUCUACAGGCCUUUCAACAUGAAGUUCUACCAGAUGACGGGGCGUUUUUUUGGCUGGGAUGACUAAAUGUGACUUUGUGACACUGAGGACUGUCAGAAAUACUGCAACGGAGUAUUAGGACCAAUGUAGGGGGGAAAUUUUGAUUUUGAUAGUAAAGUUGUGAUAUUUCAAGAAAAGUCAUAAUGUUACAAGAAACAAGUCUAACGCUACCAAAAACGUUUUAGUCUAAAAAUUUAAGAAAAAUCAGAAUAACCUAAUAAACAAAAAUAGUUAUAUUUAUGGAGACUCAGGCAAUGCUAAAACAUGUACGUCUAAUCUAAUCUAGCCUAUCUAAUUAUAACAUUUUGGUUAUUAUAUUCUCAAAAUAUAACCUUUCACUUAAAAAUGAUAAUGUUAUUCCCAUAAUAUUUUGAUGUUUUCUCAUAAAUGUAUGACUUCAUACUCGUAAUAUAAUGACUUUUUUCUUGUAACUGUGAGACUUUAUUCUGGUAUAAUUCUGACUUUUUAUUUAAUUUAAUUUAAAUUUACACUUUUUUUUCUUUUUCUCAAAAUAUCACGACUUUAUUCCCAGAAUCUUAUAUUUUUUCCCAAACAGUAUUCCUAUUACUGCGUCCUCAGCACUAAUCCUAAGCAAUAUGUGGCUGUUAUAGGAGAGAAAGAGGCCCAGUCUCCCCUCAGUGGCACCCCAGAUAUGCAAUAUUUCACCAUUACAUUUUUCAUCAUCAGAGCUGCCUCUAAUCCACAAUCAUGCAGUUAUUUUCUUCUAAAAAAAUAUUGAGUUGUUGAAGGAUUUGAGUCAUAUCUCCCUGCACUAUCUGAAGAAACUAUUGGGGGGGAGUUCAGUUUGAAGUCCUUGGCUGUGACACAGAAAUAUAGUAUGCAGUGUUUAUUUAAGAAGAUGGGUGAAAUCACAUUGUGUCCAGGGGGUUUUGAUAAAAGCCGUUACUGAGUGAUUUAAUGCCAUAUUUUAAACAUACAUAGCUGCUUUCAAAUUUUAACAUUUUCUAGCAAAAAGAAUAUGAAAAGAUAAAAAUAUAUGUAUUUUUGAAAUGUAUUUAUUCAAGAAGUACAGGAGCAGUAUGUAUGUAUUUUGAAUAACUUGUCAGUGAGUGCUCUCUUAUUAUUAUGCUCCCCAUGCAUUUAAAGUUUUGUUUGUUUUAUACUGAACACUAAAAAAUAUGUUAUCCUCAUUUUAAUUUCAGGUCAACCAUUCUAAUAUGUAUUUACUAUAGUGUGGGAACACUUGUUUCCACUAAGCUUUCAGUAGUAGAGCUGUGAGUUUGUUAUUUCAAAGAAUCGAAUCCACCUUCAAUUAAUGAAGUUACAGGCAAAGAUUGAACUCACUGUUAUUUAAGCAACAGCGACUCUGGUGAAAGGAAAAGACCUCCAAAGGGCCUUCCCAAACUGUGACUCAAAUUUCCUCAACAUGCCUCCUUGUGAAUUGAAUACACUUGAUGUCACUGGCCUUCCUUGGCUCAAGGCGAUAUGUGUGUGGAAGUCUUUUUAAACCCAGGGAGCACGAGAACAAUGGCUGAGUUGUGUUCCUAAUUUCUGUCUACUUGUAUUGUGAGCCACUUUCUGAAAGCAGAUGUGCCUCAAAAGACACAAAAUCAAGUGAGCAUCAGAAAAGAACUUAAUAUACUAUAGAUUUGGGGGGGAUUAUGUUACCAAUCUAACUGUGCUGUUCUGACUGUUGUUUGGAUUUUUAAGGCACUCCUUGAAUAAAAGAUGUUAUAUGUAAAUAUUUUA